CACAGGCUCCAGAAGGGAGGAGUUGUACCCGUUCAGCUCGGAGGUCAGCGAGCGUUCUGGAGGAACAACGACAGAUAUGCGCCCUGUCAGUUGUCAGACAGGCUGUGCGAGGUGAAACUAUUUUACUAACUUUUAUUUACUAAAAACGAUCCCCCCAAAAAUCCUCAAAGUGAUGCGUUUCCUGCUCCUCUUCAGUCGCCAGGGCAAGCUCCGUCUCCAGAAGUGGUUCACGCCCAUCCCAGAGCGAGAGAAGAAGAAGAUCACCAGGGACAUGACCACCAUGGUGUUGGCACGGAAACCACGCUCCUGCAACUUCCUGCACUGGAAAGACCUAAAGAUUGUCUACAAGAGAUAUGCCAGUCUGUAUUUCUGCUGUGGUCUGGAUGCUGAGGAGAAUGAACUUCUGGCCUUGGAGAUGCUGCAUCGCUAUGUGGAGCUGUUGGACAAGUACUUUGGCAACGUGUGUGAGCUGGACAUUAUCUUUAACUUUGAAAAGGCCUACUUCAUACUGGAUGAGUUUCUAUUAGGGGGAGAGGUACAGGAGACUUCCAAACUAGUGGUGGCCCGCUCCGUCGAGGCCUCGGACAUGCUACAGGAGAAACAGAGACUGAUGGAGAUUAUACUUCUAUUUCCUUUAUUCUUCAGUUGCUACCAUGGAGGAAUACAUGAGCAAGCCUGCAUUCUAACACUGGGGGAAAUGGAUCUACACACCAGAAGGAAUCUGAACGAUUACAGACCUGGAAGUCUUACUACUGUCCAGAACCAUGGAGUUAUGAGUUCUAGAAUGAUGUGUCUGAAUCUGUGUCCUGAGGCAGGCAGGAAGUGUUUUUAAGUAGGGAAGUGCAUCUUGUUUCUGCAAAUAGGACAAUAACAUGAUGACCAAUAAAUUGGUAGGAGACACUCAUUGAUUGAGCUAUUAUCAAAUGUAUAUUGAUACUGUAUGAUCACCCAUCCCUCUUGCUCGUCGAUGUACAUUGAGGUUACUGAAAACUGUGGUUUGACAAUCAUUAAAAUCAAUACUCACAUUUUUUUUCUCCAAAAUAUGUACGCUGUAUUGACAUUUUAAGAAGUGCCUUUUUAGAAAUAUGUAUUUGAAGUUGUGUUUUAAAUGCAUCUUGUAGACUAGCCUUUUUCUGUGUGACUUGUUGUAGGAUUAUAUCUUGGAAAGGGAGUGAUUAUUUAUCUUGGUGAAUGUCACAGUUUUUUUUAUAUAACUAAUUAUGGAUCUUGAAUGGUGAAGACUUUGGAAUUAAAAUGUGUAUUUUGAUACAGAA